AUGUCCGUUACAGAACAGAGGCUCCGCGAGAGGAUUGAGUCAACCAUACCGCAAGUUUACCAUAUCAUCGUGACGGAUCUUUCGUACGGUUGUGGUCAAUCAUUUGACAUUGUGGUGGUCAGCGAUUUUUUCCAAGGCAAGAACAAACUAAUGAGAAGUCGUGCGGUGAAUAAAGCCGUUAAGGAAGAGCUAGAGGAGAUUCACGCUUUUAGCUGCAAGUGCUACACGGAGGAGGAGUGGUCCAAGAUUGUCGUUUGA